AUGAUACUCCGACAAGUCCUGCCAAGCAAGAUUCACAUUCCUGAAAUAAAGGGCCAGCGAGCAACCGUUUUGCCUCCGCAUCGCGACCCAAUAGCGAAGCUGGUGGAUCUUCCAAUCGACGUUGAGAACAUAAACAAGAGAAUUGGUGAUGCCUAUGUCAUUGUUGGAACCAAACAGAAACGCGAAAAUCCUCUCCUUGUCUCUCGCCUCUUUUGCCCGUUUCGAGAUCUCGCACCUGCAACCAACGCACACACACUCCGGCACGGGAUCAUAUUCCGACAGCUCUUCGUAAGCCAGAUUCAGCUUCCCGAAAUAAGUAGUCUUGUCUCAUCAUCGCGAUCCUCUUGCGAAGCUGGUGGAUCUUCAAUCCGGGGCUAG